AUUAUUAUUAUUAUUAUUAUUAAUUUUACGCUGUUGUGCUGCUUGCUGUUGAUUAUUAGGAGAAAUGCAUAUGGUUGUUGAUGUUUCUCUUGCCUUCUAUGCUUAGUUAUGUGGUUUUGAGUUGUUUUCAUUCACCUGUAUGAUGAAAUGUCUAAUAGAAGAAUAUAGUUUGUUUCUGAGAUGAAUGUAAGUAGGGUGUGAUUGUUUGUAACCAUUUUCAUCCAACAUAAAUGUGACUUACAUGAAGUCAUGAACUGCAUCCAGACACUACAAUAGUGUCACCUGUUUUGGAACAGCGUACGCCCGAAAUAGAUGGUUAGGAUUGUUCAAUCAGUGUGAUUUUCAGUUGGUAGAACUCAUUCAAUUUACUCUAGGAUCAUGUAGAUGCAAUUUUGUUUAUGGUUGUGGCAGACAUGUAUUAUCAACAGUUAGAACUCAUUCAAUUCCAAAUUCUAUCAACAGAUUAUUUAAAAAGGAUGGUGUUCUUUGGCUCUUCCAUAACCAGCUGCAGUAUAAGAAGAAGAAGAAAAUGGCCUUUCUCCCCGUACAAAGGCAAAUGGCAGCAAACCUUCAAUGAGCAGCAAGCCAUGGAAGAACUAAAGAAAGCAGCUGUAAAGGAAGAGCAAAACCCAGAAACCAAUCUCCUCUCUGUUCUCAUUGCUUCCUUCAGUAGCUACGGCUGUGAUCCAAACUCCUCUGCCUACUCCUUUAUCAUCAACCACCUAUCCCAAAGAUCUCUCCUCUCCCAACUCCCCCCGGUCCUUGACCGCCUCGAAAGAAUUGAGAAAUUCAAUCCCCCAGAAAGGAUGUUUGUCGAUCUCAUCAGAAGCUAUGGCAAUGCAGGCAUGCUCCAUGAUGCCAUCGAACUGUUCUACCGGAUCCCGAGACUCAGGUGUGCCCCAACAGUACACUCCCUCAACACAUUGCUUGCUGUUUUAUGUAGAAAAGAAGAUAACUUUGUCUUGGUUCAUGAUGUUCUAAUGAGGACUGUAGAGAUGAAUGUUCAACUUGAGUAUUUGACAUUUCGGAUUCUUGUUAAGGCUCUUUGUAGAUUUGGGAAGGUGAAUUCGGCCACUGAGCUCUUAAAUACGAUGGCAUUGGAAGUUCAUGGGUGUACGCCCGACUCAAGAUUGUAUUCGAUGAUACUCUCAUCGCUUUGUAAACAUGCUGGUUCAGUUGAAGUUGUCAAUUUCCUUGAAGAAAUGCGGAAGGCUGGCUUUUCACCAAAUGGGAGGGAGUACACAAAUGUGAUUAAUGUUCUUGUUAAGGAGGGAAGGGCAAAGGAUGCUUUUGAUGUCCUGAAUCGGAUGAAAGUGGACAGUAUAAAGCCCGAUAUCGUCAGUUACACUAGUGUUCUGGAUGGGUUUUUCUCAGCAGGUGAUUUUCAGAAAGGAGAGGAAGUUUUCGAUGAAAUGCUUGUCAUGGGUCUUGUUCCGGAUGCUUUUACUUAUAGUGUUUAUAUCAACAGUCUCUGCAAGAAGGGCGAUUUUGAUGGUGCUCUUGAUAUGAUUAUUCGUAUGGAACAAGUGGGGUGCAAGCCUGAUGUGGUCACCUACAAUACGAUCGUGAUGGGGUUAUGCAAGGUUGGGGAUGUGGGGAGAGCAAGGGAGCUCAUGGGGAAGAUGGGGUUGAAGGGCGUCGAGGGGAAUUUGCACACAUAUAGGGUUUUGAUUGAUGGUUUGGUUUGUAAAGGUGCAAUGGCUGCAGCUUUCGAGAUGUUGGUGGAAAUGUUGGAGAGAGGGUUUGUUCCUCGGGCUGCAACUUUGGAUUUGAUGAUAUGUGGGUUGUGUGAAUGCCGGCUCUUCAGCAAAGCAUUACGAGUUCUUGAGGAAAUGCUUAGUAGGUCUGUAGCUCCAGAGGCAAGGGCAUGGGAGUCGCUGCUCUCUUGUGUGGAGUUUGAUUCUGGUUGCUCAGAUUCUUUGAUUGAUUUGGAACUUCUAACGUGGCCGCUGACUGAUUAAAUCGAGUUAUGAUCUGAUGCUCAAUUGAGAGAUAUUAUUUUGGUUUUGAUCCAGAAACAUUGCACAGGUGGGACCUCACCUCAGGGAAGCUAAACUCUUUACCUGAUGUGCCAAUCCCAAUAUCAUAUCAGCGAUCAUGGCAAUCUGAGCAGAGGGUUGCCAAUGAACAACUACUGCAUUUGGUUAGGCUCAACCAGACUGUUGUGUCAGUUCGAAGAGGAAGAUCUUCUUGGGUGUUUCUUCCAUCACCAUCCAUGAUGGGACCCCCAUAUGAAUGGUUUGCAUCAUAAAAGAAGAGCUGAAGAAAUUGUUCAAUCUACAUUCAGAGAUCCUUGAAUUCUUGCAGCAUUGAGGGGGGCAUUUUCAGUAUUGUUUUCAUUUCAGUGUGGUGUUGAAUCAAACUAACCUGUUGUGCAGAAAAGUGUUGAUGUGGCAGGCGUGAUGGACAUGGAACCUGACGAUAGCUUGGGUGAGCCUGGUGAUGCAGCGGCCGACAUUGAUAAUGACGGAGCAAUUGUUGAUAUGGGUGAUCCAGCCAUUGAGAUUGCUUCCCCUAUGGACAGUUGUUUACAAAGGUCAACUAAAGCCAGAUCAGCUAAAUGGCUACUAUUAUGCAGAUCUUGGCCACGAAAGGUUUACAAGCUACAUGGCCCUGCAGUUCCUGUAUCAGCUGAUGGAUGGGAUGCAGCUGCUGCUCCUGCACCAAUUGCUGCCCCUGGGCUGGGUGUUGCUCCUCAACCUGCAGCCUCAGCCUACUGUGACUCAUGCUAGAACAUUCAAUCCACUAUCUGCUUUGACAAACAAACGGGAUUCAUAAUCAAGCUGCCAUGAAUAGUAAAAGCUUGUCUUCCUGUGGAAAAAGUAGAAGAAGAAGGAAACAAGAUCUCUGCAAACCUUUGAUUGGGAGACGAUCAUGGUUCAAACACUAGAAGCCAUCAAGGGUGCUGGAGGCUCAGUGUGCAUCGGGGCCACAGGAACAAUUGGCUCCUUGAUGACCAGGGAAAUGGAAUCCAUGAUGAAACAAAUGUCGCAAACAUCAACUUCCUCAAGAAGGAGACCUCCAACAGUCCCAGUCUCAGUGCCCUGUGGUGCAAUUCCCGAAAAAACACAGCCAAGGAAAAAUUCUGUCAAUGAAGCCAGCAGCAGCUGCAGCAGCAGCAAUGACAGAAAUCCUGGAUGUACAG